AUGGAGUUCACGGCGUCGCCCAAGCCCCAGCUUUCCUCCAGGGCCAACGCCUUCUCCAUCGCCGCGCUGAUGUCGAGCGGCGGCUCCAAAGAAAAGGAAUCUACGGAGAACACUAUCAAACCACUGGAACAAUUUGUCGAGAAGUCGUCCUGCGCUCAGCCCCUGGGCGAGCUGACCAGCCUAGAUGCUCAUGGGGAGUUUGGUGGCAGCGUCGCGGGCAACAGCAGCCCAUCCUCCUCCUCUCUGUGCACUGAGCCGCUGAUCCCCACCACCCCCAUCAUCCCCAGCGAGGAAAUGGCCAAAAUUGCCUGCAGCCUGGAGACCAAGGAGCUCUGGGACAAAUUCCACGAGCUGGGCACGGAGAUGAUCAUCACCAAGUCUGGCAGGAGGAUGUUUCCUACCAUCCGUGUGUCCUUUUCCGGCGUGGAUUCUGAGGCCAAGUACAUAGUACUGAUGGACAUCGUCCCUGUGGACAACAAGAGGUACCGCUAUGCCUACCACCGGUCCUCCUGGCUGGUGGCUGGCAAGGCGGACCCUCCGCUGCCAGCCAGGCUGUAUGUACAUCCAGACUCUCCUUUUACUGGUGAGCAGCUACUUAAACAGAUGGUGUCUUUUGAAAAGGUGAAACUCACCAACAAUGAACUGGAUCAACAUGGCCAUAUAAUUUUGAACUCAAUGCAUAAGUACCAGCCACGGGUGCACAUCAUUAAAAAGAAAGACCACACAGCAUCAUUACUCAAUCUGAAGUCUGAAGAAUUCAGAACAUUCAUCUUUCCAGAAACAGUUUUUACGGCGGUCACUGCCUACCAGAAUCAACUGAUAACCAAGCUGAAAAUAGAUAGUAACCCUUUUGCCAAAGGAUUCCGGGACUCCUCCAGGCUCACUGACAUUGAGAGGGAAAGUGUGGAGAGCCUGAUUCAGAAACACUCCUAUGCCCGCUCACCCAUCCGUACCUACGGAGGAGAAGAGGAUGUGCUGGGGGAUGAGGUUCAGACAACACAGAAUCGAGGAUCAGCCUUUACAACAUCUGAUAAUUUGUCUCUCAGUUCCUGGGUAUCAUCUUCAUCCAGUUUUCCUGGAUUUCAGCACCCACAGUCCCUGACUGCUCUUGGCACCAGCACAGCAUCCAUAGCGACACCCAUUCCUCACCCUAUACAGGGCUCUCUGCCACCAUAUAGCCGACUUGGGAUGCCUCUAACCCCAUCGGCCAUUGCCAGCUCCAUGCAGGGGAGUGGCCCGACAUUCCCCUCAUUCCACAUGCCCCGGUAUCAUCACUACUUUCAGCAGGGGCCCUAUGCUGCUAUCCAAGGACUGCGCCAUUCCUCUGCUGUGAUGACGCCAUUUGUAUGA